AUGUUUUUAUAUUCUAAAAUACGUGACUACCAUGAGCGCAUACACGUUGGAGAAGACUACUGGUGCGCGGACUGUGGCAAGACGUUCAAGGAGCGCCAGGAUCGCGACAUGCACGAGUGCAUUGUUUGCGAGGGAGACCGGCCCUACAGCUGCUCCGAGUGCAACAAGGACUUUGAAAGGCAGUACCAUCUCAAACAACACCAGCUGGAAAAACACUCUCAAAUGGUGGAGCAGACUGUCGAACCUGAACCUGAGUCCAAGGACAUUGAGGACCAACAGAGUCAGUUUGAGUCAGCUGAGAGUUCUGAGAAAAAACUAAGGAAACACUAUACCUGUGACGUCUGUGGCAAGGUAUUUAGGCUCAAAUCACCUUUCACCAAACAUCAGCUCAGACACAAGGGAGACCUGCCCUUCAGCUGCUCAGAGUGCAACAAGGACUUUAAAAGUCAGUACCAGCUUAAAAAACACCAGCUUGAAAAGCACCCUCUAAAGGUGGAGCAGCCGUGUUCUGAUCUUGUAUGGACAGCGACCUGA